AUGUCUUUUGAACUCCCUUCUCCUACUCGCAACCUGAAGGCAUCCAUUCUCUAUCAUGGUCUUCAGUCCAUCAAGGGCCGCUCUCCCUAUGCCUCCCAAGGCCACACUGCGACUGCAACACCUGUCAAUGGGGUGGAUAUUACCUGGAAGCCGACGAACUCCUCAGUGCAUGCGUACCCUGCGGAAUGCAAGACUGUCGCAAUCAGGGUCCUCAUGAACGUCCUUCUUUUGCUUCGUAUCGCAAAAUGGAAAGUAGCAAACGCCAACAACGAGAAGUUCAAGCGCAAUAUGCAGCUCCCGUAUUACAAAAGCGUAGCGAUGGACUCCAUCCAAACUGAACUCGAGGCUGUCCUGGCCGAGACCUUCCCGACCGCCUCCCACACCGCCUCCUUCGCUCGCACCAUUAUUGCUCGCCUCCUGGCUGCUCACACCGUCACUGCCAUCAUCGGUGCGUUGGAGGAGGUUGACCACCUGCACACCAUGGGCCUGCGGGAGCUCGGCGGCGAGCGGUUUGCCACAUUCACUCAGGACUCGGCCGAGGAGAAGAAGGACGCGGGCUUCACGUUCGCAGUUCUGAGCUGUCCAGAGCGGCUCGAGAUCAGCUGGCCAGCCGAGUACGGAAGCGACUAUCUUACGGCUGUGAUGCGGUAUGCUCAGGUCCUCAGGAAUGAGCAAAGGGAGCCUUCCUUCCUUGAUUCUGUGGCGUUCCAAUUUGGGUAUCAUACGUUGAGCAAGGGCGCGCCCCUCCCGGCGAGUGAAGCACGCUUCCUUGGAACUGUAGGCUUCCGCACGGACGCCCAGACGUACCUGAGUCUUACGGACCCCGGUGAUGGCCAUGUCUCUGGCACAACUCGCAAGACCCGGUGGAUGACUGGGGCAAUCGUGCACGUCGAACACUUGGAACGCCCCCAAAAUCUUCCGCGUUCUUCGAUCGAGUCUUAUCGCAUCCCUUCGAUCCUCGACUUCGCCAAGGUGCGCCUGCAUACUGGCCGGGCCGCGCCCAACACAUACUUCGUCGGUCGUGCCUUACGGGACAGCAUCACACGCGACUUUGCAUACGACUUUGUCAAAGUCGUGAGCACCACGAGCGCCGCUGCCUCUGCGGCCUUCGCUCUGGGUGCGGCCGAGUGCAAGGUUGCAAUGGACGGACUGACGACGGGUCAGAUGGUCCAGUACAUGCAGGGGUUGGCCGGGCAUGUCCUGCGGAAGCCGGGAAGACAGUACUUGAGCGCGGCAUUCAACUUGAAUCACCCAAUUAUGGAUGAUCUGAUGCUGGGCGAGGAUGGACAACCCCGCAUGCUUGAGGGAAUCAUGGAGAUCGGCCUGAGGGGGAUUGAACUUGCUGCUCUGGGUGGUUUUGACAAGGUGACCUGGGACGGUGCAAGUGAUAAAUAUCCCUCCGAGCCGGUCAUUGUGCAGCUGGGAGGAAAGAACGCCCUGGAGCUCGUUCACAGGGCGCACGAGAGGGGCUUGACCACAUACAUGAGCGCCGGAUUCAAAUUCCACAACGUCAAGGACGCAGUAUUUGCCGGUGUGGAUGGCAUUGGCAUCGGUGGUGCGCAGAUUCUGCGAUACAUGGAUGGCGGCAGUGGAAUGCACGGUCCUUACACGGAGGAGAAUAUCGACAGGAUCAUGGUAGAGCGUAACAACGCUGAAAAUUCGAUCCGGGGCCAAGGUGUGCGCCUGCUCGCCCGCCUCGACCAGAUGCACUUCGAAGGAUCACUCAGCGAAGCGGAAGAGAAGCUCCGGGAGCCCCUGUACCAGGCUCUGUACGACUGUGCCGAAGGCGACAUCUAUGCGAUGCUAUUCGACAACAAGGACGCGCGGGCGGUGAUGGAACUGCCCGGCGAGAGCGAGGAGCCGUGGGUGGGGUGCGCCGAGCGCAUGCUGAGGCACGCUAAUCCGCUGUUGCGCAAGGGCGCUCAAAAUGACGAGCAGUGGGAGGGAUUCGUGGCGGCGCUUGCGAACCUCGUGGAUGUUAAGGACGAGGAGGGUAUUCAGGACUUCGCGCAGAGUGAGCCAUGGGUCGGGAUGAGGAAGGGGUACCGCGUCUCUGUGGGAGAUGGCGAGAAGGACUUCAAGGGCGAGCCGAGGGUAAGGGUCAAAACCACCCCGUACGGAGGAUACGGCUCGAUCGGAGAGGGGUCGGACAAGGUCACUGUGGAUACCGCAUGAGAAGGAUGGCUGGUCUAAACUUUUUCUUCGGGCAUAAGGAUUCUUGGUUGACUAUAGAUCUAUUUAUUGCAGACUAUCAUCUAAAUUAAUCGCAUACAUAUGUCCUUGAUUAUAUGCUAUAUAUCUCUGCCUUGACAUUUC